AUGUCGAAGGAAAAUAAUAAUUUGCGCCUGCUUGGCUCACCGGUGAAUUUAACUUAUAGAAAUAAGAAAAAAGAAGACAGAAAAAAUAAUAGAAACCGUCCUCGGUCAGCUCUACAAAAUUCUUGUGCUCCGGAUAUUCAAGAAAGAUACAAAAGACCAUUUUCAGCGGAUACUAAAGAUAGAACAGCUUCUUCAAAAUCUUUUCUAAAAACAAUUAGUGCAGAACUUCUACAGUCUUACAAUAAUUCAGCUCUUACUGUAAAAGUAUUACCCCCCACUGAAGAGUUACUGGCAAAUUCCAAAAUAUACCCAAAACAAACACCUAAAACCAAUAGAGAUAUAUGUAGCAAUGCAUCAGACUAUGGUUCAGAAGACACUUUUAUCAGUCUAGGCACUAAAAUAAAAGCCAAGGCUCAAUCAUUUAAAAAUAAAAAUACAAAAAAUAUCUUAAAAUAUAGAAACAUAGCUAAGAAGGGACGUAGGGCAAUGGAUAGUACUAAUGAUCAAAUGAUGAAUAAUAAUUAUGGUCUAGAAGUCACAAUAACAGAAAAACCUAGGUCUCCAUCACCUUGUAGGAAUAGAGAUAUGUUUGAUAUGAGAACUUCUUCUCCACACUUUAAGAACAAAACAUAUGAAUCGUAUUUUCUAACACUAGAAGAAGAAGAUAAAACUGAGAAUGGGUUAUCUGGUAGAGUUUCAUUUGCACCUAAUACAGGAAAUGAGAAGACUAUGGAUGCUUACACUCGUCGAUUAAGUUUAACUAAACAGCAAUUAUCCUUAGUUGAAGAGGAGUCAACCCAAGAUCUUGAUAGUAUUCCUUCUCAAAAUAUGAUUAGUCUAUCACCAAAAUUAUCAUACGAUAACGGAAAAGUCGAAGAUAAUAUACAGGCAUAUAAAGAAAAUGAAAAGUGUGAUAUUUACCGUAAAAAUACAAGUAAUUACGUAAACGAAUCUCAAAAUUACACUAACUUCUAUAACGAAUUUCAUUCAAAUACUCUAGAUGUUUAUAAAAGUAAAUUAUCAAGUACUGGUAUCCACACAGACACGUCAUCCAAAGAUUCAGGCUACACCGAUAGUGGCAUAAAAGAUUCUACUCAUAAUUCGUUACCUAGAUCGCCAUUUCCGAAAAAGUCUGAUUUCACAGAUAUUCGUGAUCACACAAAAAGCUUAGAAUACUCAACAAUGUCUAAAGAGGAUGGUUACAAUAACUAUAAUUCUGAUAUAAAAUGGGCGGAGCCUUUAAAUCAUAGUCGCUUGCUCUAUAAAGAUUUCUUUUUAAAAAAAGGUGAUCAUAUAACUCUACCUCCCCAAAAUUCUCCAACAAAGACUGACAUCCACAUCCCAGAAACAAACGAGAAUUUAGCUGAAAAUGCCGAAGAAAAUCAAGUAUUAGAAUAUCCUACAUAUCUUUUGAAUAGUACUACGAAAGCUUAUACAUCGAAAGUUAUUGAAGAUUAUAAGAAAGAAUUAGAAGCUAUUAACAAUCUACACGAACUCACCUUAAAAGAUAUAAAAACUGACGCCAUAUCUCCUACUCCACUUAAUAUCGAUGAAUUAUUUGAACAACGCUCAAGCAAUGUUCUAGAAGAAAAAAUAGAGUCCAGUGAACAUUCCCAAGAAAGUAAUAUAAGCGACAUUCCUUCAACAAGUCAUAAAAAUUCCUUCGAUACCAAAAGAGAUAUAUCCAAAGUUACUACGAAAGAGUUAAUACAAAAUUAUCUUAAAGUAAAAGGCGAUUGUCCAAAAGAUGUCCCAAAAAAUUUAAAGAAAUUUGAUAAGAAGUUGAACAAUAUUAACUCUAAAUUUGAAGAGAAUUCAAGUUACAAACAGUACUGGAAUAAUAGAAAUGCAAAGAAUAAUUUAGACAGAGUUAAUACGCCACCUAACGUGAGACCACAGAAAAAUCAAUUCACAACUCGAGUCCCAUUAAGUGCUAGAAUAGAUAGCGUUCAAAAUGAUAAAGAUAUAGAAUCAUGGAUGUCAUUGUCCGUUUCUUCACCACGAUUACUAGACAUAGACAAUUUUGAGGAAAAAAAUGAAGAGUCAGUUCGUGUUAAUUCAGAAGAAGGAAAAAAUUGCGAUGGAAAUAAAGAAAGCGAUACAAAAAUAUCUCCUGUCCAAACUCCUGUGAAAAUAUCACCUAAAACUCCGAAAUCGCAAGAUUUAAAUCCAAAAUCAACGGUUUUAGAUAUUUAUUCAAUGUUGAAGGAGAUCGAAAGCUACGGGGAUAAUCCUGUGACUUCUGUUGUUAACACAAAUAUUACGCAAUCUGAAGUCAAAGAUGAAGAAAGAUGCGCUACUCCAAAGGACAAUUUUAUGGAAAUCUUUGAAUUUUUAGAAAAAGUGGAACAAAGCGCUAAUGAUGCUUUAUCUGUUGUAACUAAUACAACUCCUCAAACUAUGCCAAAGUUGGAAGCCCUUUUAAAAUUGCCGCAAACAGAAUUAGCUCAAAGACUUGUAACUGCCUCUCUUCAGUUGGAAGAGCGGUCAUGUUGCAUCGCCCUGCUGCAGGAGAGCCUCGCUAAUCAUAAGGAACAGAUGAUAUCAAAAGUAAGUAAUUUGGAAAAACAGUCUCACCGCAAUAUAGCGAAAGUGAAGCAAGAAUGCGAAGAAACUAUCAAGAGGCAUCAGAAUUUUAUAGACCAGCUAAUAAACGAUAAGAAAACGUUGAACCAUCGUAUAGAACAACUCGUUGACGAGCGUCGCUCGCUAGAAGAUAGGUGGAAGCGUUCCGCUCAAUCUUUAGAGGAACGCUACAAACUGGAACUGCGGAACCAACACGACAAAAUGGCGGCCGCGCAACAGGUUGCUAGGCAAAGGUGGGUGCGACAAAAGGCGGAAAAAAUUAAGGAAUUAACAGUUAAAGGCUUAGAAGGAGAACUACGUGAGAUGGCGGAAAGACAGCAAAAAGAGAUAUCUGACCUGAAAAUGUACCACGCAGAACAGAAUGGUCGUCUGACAGCCAAACAUGCGGCGGAGUUAGAAGAACUGAGACGGUGUUUAGAAGAAGAGAAAGAAGCGGCGUUAGUGAAGGAAAGACAAUUAGCUAGUUCUAGAAUGGAGAAGCAAAUCCUAGAACUGGAAGUGACGUAUCAAGAGCAACGCACGCGCCUCAUAGCGGAGAUGCGCGCCGAGAACGAGCGCGUCUCCGCCGAGCUCGGGGACAGGGACAGGGAGCAGAGGAUGCGGCUCGAUAAAUGGAAAGAAGAACAAGAGAAACUUCUAGAAGAAAAGAAACAACAAUUAGAGCAAAGUGUGGAAGAUGAAAAAAAGAAAUUUGAGGAAAACUUAAAAAAACAACGCGAAGAAAUGCAACAAGAAUUCGAGCAAUACAAAAAAGAAUAUGAAGCGGAACAACAGAUGUUACUAAAGAAGAAAGUGAUGGAGAUAUCCGCUCAGCACAAGUUGGAGAGAGACAGGGAGAUUGAGAAGGCGAUAGAGAGUAUGGAGGCGGAAGCUCAGGCUGGGAGGAGAGAGUUGCAAGAGGCUUUGAGAAGAAACAAAGAGCAAUACGAAUCGGAGUUGAAGGAGCUCGCGCAGACGGAGCAGGCGACGCUCAAACGCUACCAGGACGCGCAGGCGCGGAUACGACACACGGAAGACAAGUGCGCAGAAUUAGAAGUAACUAUCAGUCAGCUUGAAACAAGAAAUCGAGUGCUAACAGAGAAAAACAGUCAACUGGAAGCCAGAGCUGAGGAAAUUAGGGCGAGUUGUGAAGAGUCCUGGCGCAGUAAAGUAGAGCAAUUACAGAAGGAAAUGGAGGAUAUGAAGAAAACACACGAGGAGCAAAUGCAUCAGCUAUAUGCAAAGGUGAAAGUAGCGGUGGCACGUAAAGACUCAGCGAUACAAGCGCUAACGCGAGAGAGCGCCAAGUACCAGGAGAAGGUCACUCUGCUCGAGCAAAAACUGCAGCAGCAAAGGAAAGAUUUUCUCAAAUCUAAA